UGGACCGUCAUGGCGGCUGUGAUGAGGCUUGUCAACAGAAACACUUUUUACUCCGCAAUGGGUCAACAGUAUGUGGCGUUUAGCUCAGCAGCGAAAGUCAAAGCAGCUGGCGUAAGAGCAGGUCAUGCUCUUCCAGAGAAGGUGAAAAUAGUGGAGGUGGGACCUAGAGAUGGUCUUCAGAAUGAAAAGACCAUCGUGCCGACAGAGACCAAAAUUCAUCUGAUUGACAUGUUGUCAAUGUCAGGACUUCCAGUCAUUGAGGCCACAAGCUUUGUAUCCCCAAAAUGGGUCCCUCAGAUGGCAGACCAGGUGGAGGUGAUGAAGGGGAUCAGCAGGAAACCUGGAGUUUGUUACCCUGUCCUCACCCCCAACCUGAAGGGUUUCCAGGCUGCUGUGAAGGCAGGAGCUUCAGAGGUAGCCAUAUUUGGUGCUGCGUCUGAGCAGUUCAGUAAGAAGAACAUAAACUGCUCAGUGGAUGAGAGUUUACAGCGCUUUGACGAAGUAAUGAAAGCAGCGAAAGAGGCUGGCGUGCCAGUUAGAGGUUACGUGUCAUGUGUUCUUGGCUGUCCCUAUGAAGGCAAGGUAGCACCUGAAAAAGUUGCACAUGUAGCUAAGCGUCUGUACUCCAUGGGCUGCUAUGAGAUCUCUCUGGGUGACACUAUCGGAGUGGGAACUCCUGGUAGCAUGACUGAAAUGCUGGAGGUGGUGAGCAGAGAAGUUCCAGUUAAUGCCUUGGCAGUGCACUGCCAUGAUACCUACGGCCAGGCCCUGGCUAACAUCCUUGUGGCCUUACAGAUGGGAAUCAGUGUGGUAGACUCAUCAGUAGCAGGACUGGGCGGCUGUCCCUAUGCCCAGGGAGCUUCUGGGAAUGUUGCAACUGAAGAUGUCAUCUAUAUGCUACAUGGACUUGGGAUUCAAACAGGAGUGGACCUCUCAAAGCUGAUGGAUGCUGGAGCUUUCAUCUGUCGAACCCUUAACAGAAAGACCAGCUCCAAAGUGGCGCAGGCCACUUGCAAACUUUAGAAAAAAGCCAAACCAUGGACUCUUUCAAAGACUGUACACUGCAGCACAACUGUGUACCUAGGAGCCAUCAUCUUCUGUAUGUUCAGUUUUUCCUUUUCUAAUUUUAGGUUGAUUCAUCCUCUCCUGGUAUGAGAAUUUUACUUGAGGAUGAAAAUGGCACUGACCUCCACCUCUCUUUAGAAUCAAGUAUCUGAUUAGAUAUUCACUACAUGAUAGUAUAGCUGGAUUAAGUGCCUUAUCUGUCUAAUCAUACAGAUCCUACUUAUCAAGUCCAUGCCUUCACCUGUGUCUAACAGAGCGCUUACAUUCUUUUCGGGGCAGUUGGGUAAGCCAGAAGCACUUUGUUUAUAAUAAUAAAUGACCCAGUUAAAAAUGUU